GUACAAUACUGUGAAACACACAAUGAACACUUGUCCCUGCCCGCAGAUUGAAUGGGCAGGGAAAUUAAGUCUUUAUUUCCCUAUUCGUUGGACGAUAUUUUGCGGUGAACUGGACUUCCUUCCACCCCUUUUGCGCCAUCUCUGGGUCCGAUUUAAGAAUCUAACACUGACAUUCAUAGAUGUCUGGUAGGUUGCCAUGUUUUCAAACGAGUUACACUUGACAUUUACUCUGGAGAACGUUUUUCGUGUGAAAUACAUUUCCAUCUGAACCUUUACUCAAUCUAUGUAUUAUGUAUCAUGCGCAACAGGUUUGAUGAUAUUGGUUCUUAUCUAUAUGGCAUUCAGCUAACAAAUGGAAUGAUCUUUCCUGUCAAAAGCAUCUAUGAAUCUCGGUGUCAAGUUUCCAAAUUUACCUCCAUAUGGAUCUAUGAAAGUUGCGGGUAUGUGGAUGAAGGCCUGCGCUUCGAGCCUUGCAUCUCUGGAGGAGGCCUCGUGCAAGGAGAAGUCAGUCAAAAAAAAUGAAUCAUAUUGAUUUGAAUUGACUAAUAAACAGAAAGAAAAUUGUUUAUUGUGCCAUCAUUUCCAGGUUUCAAUACAAAAAUUAAAGCAGAGUUGAGUCGAAAUAUUUGAAUGUCAAAGCGGAAGGACCAAGUGCCCUCUAGAAUGGUCCUUUGGAGUCUAAUUUCGAGGAAUAUUAGAACAAGACUUUAUGAUCCCCUACGCUCUCCUGCUCACGGUUAAAUUGAGAACCACGCUCUUCCAAGCACUUUCUCGUUCAAAAAAACACGAGUAGCAACAAGUUACAGCAGUCUCUUCUAUUUCAAAAGUCAAUGCUCAACGCUUUGUUCCGAUUCAGUCGAGGCUUUCCCCUCAUUUCCCCUCAAAGGACCAGAAUGAACAAUUCAAGUUUCUUCCAGUAUUCGAGUAAUGCUGCUUUCAGCGUAGCAUCUUGGUUCGUGGUUUUGAUUUUCGGUAUGCCAAUGACUUACGUCUUUGUCCUGUAUGAACAAUACGGACAUGACCUUCAGCGCACAGUGAUCAAUCAAAUAUAUUCUUUCGGCAUUCAAUCCAUGGUCGCUUAUUUCUUUAUCGUGACCACACCUCGAUUGCUUUUACCCCUUUUUGGGCCUUAUUCCGAGACCACGUGUUCCCUCAUCACUCUAGGCAACAUAUUCUUCAACAUCAACGCGGGAAAUGUAGUGAUUGUGUUUACCUUUGUCAAGUAUUUAUUCACCUGUUACUACAAGCGAGUUGGUGCAUUCGAUGAGGAAUUUGCAGUAGUGUUCUUCAAAUCGUGGAUAUUGGGGAUUUCUGGCUAUAUUGGAACAUUGAUCUACUUCAGCUAUGGGACAUAUGAUGUGUGGUUCGUCAUUUGCGCCAAAAAAUCCCUUCAAGAUUUGACAUGGUUGCCCAAAAUUUACCGAGGUCCAAUUCGCGUCGAGCUUCUCUACGCCUUCAUGGUGAAUGUAGUGGUAACCACCCUCAUGAUUCCAAUCGCGCGUGCCAAGAACCGGUUCCAAGUCCAAAUGGAAACCUCAGUUCCAUCCCAAUUUAUGCCGCCAAAGAAGAUAUAUCCUACUAUGGUAAACUUGGGAUUACUAAUAUUGAAUUUGAUUGGGACUACUUUUACUGCUGGACCAGGGAUAUAUCUUAUGGUCAUUGAUGAGCUGCCGAACUUCACGUGGACAUUCAGCCUUUUUGUGACUUUCGCCACAGUAGCACCCUGAUUCAUGAUGUUCCUUGUAUUACCAGAUGUAGGGUACAUGCAAAACAAAGAUGUGCAAAAAUUUGUACAGAGGAAAAUAUCCAUGUUGCGCCCACAAUGACAUUGGAUUGACUUGAUAUUAUCAUCCUUAGAUGUAAAUAAGCCAUGCGAUUGAAAUUCUAGGUUUGGGGGUGCCAUUUUGAUCAAGGUCAAUGGUUCAUUACGAGGUCCAACUCUAAAUCAACAAUCCAUUUCUUUUAAACAUGACAUAAACAUCAACGUAAGUCUUCCAAGUGGCAAUAUCUUCACACUUUUGUCAAAAGCCUUAUCAAGCAUUCAACCAUUUAAAUUAUAUUCAGGUGAUUGGUCCAUCUCCUUCCAUAACUUGAGAUCUUAAUUCAUUGAUUCCCUUUUCAUUUGCUUCGUGGGUAUUGAACGUAUGCUAGUCAUUUACGUCGUGAUAUCACUACUCUAAUUAUCUACUUG